AUGCCUUUCAGUACUUCGAAUAAUAUUGUUAAUUCAUCUAUUCAAAAUUUUCUAAUAAUAAAUCAAACAAAUAAUUCAAUAUUAGAAUUAUCAUCCAUAAAAAAACAAUUUGAAAUUCGUGUUUCUGAUUAUUAUCCUCGUUUACCUAUUCAUAUUUUUACUCAAAAUAUAUCAUUCAUAGGCAAUACAAGCAAACUUAUAUUAUUAGGCAAUGGAUUUUUUGGUGAUCGAGAUUGGGGUAUUGCAUCAUCAAGUAAAUCAUCAAGAGAAAAAAUGACUUCACUCUAUUGUCCAUUUUUAUCUAAUCAUUGUGAUAUAACUACUGAUAAUAAUCGUUUUUCGGAAGCCGAUGCUAUUGUUUAUCAUAUGCGUGAUGGUAUUGAUCAAAAUCGAGCUAAAAAAAAUCGUCAUCCUAAACAACGUUUUGUAUUUGCUUUAUGGGAAUCACCAGCUCAUACACCUAAUUUACAAUCUUAUAAUCAAUUUUUUAAUUGGACAAUGACAUAUCGAUUUAAAUCUGAUAUAAUAACAUCAUAUUAUUCUGGUAAUUCGUAUGUUCAUACAUCAAGUCCUUUUUAUCAAUUAAUGUUAAAUGAAAAUUCUACACAUAAACUUAAUUUAAAAUCAAGAACAAUUGAUCAUCAACCAUCUGAUGAUAUAUUACAAAAGAAAAAAUUAGGUAUAGUUGCUGCUUUAAUAUCAAAUUGUGGUGGUAGUAGUCGACGAUUAGCAUUUAUAAAAAAAUUACAACAAUAUAUUAAUGUUACAGUUUAUGGACGAUGUGGAAAAUCAUGUCCAUCAAAUAUGAAUUGUCGACAAUUUAUAGCUGAAAAUUAUUAUUUUAUACUUAGUUUUGAAAAUAGUCUUUGUUUAGAUUAUUCAAGUAAGUUAAGAUACAUUAAACAAAAUAAAACAUAA